AUGAAUUUGGAUCAGAUCAAUCGGGACUCGGACCCUCACAAUGUCCAGUACCUCCUCUCCGUGCUGCGAGAGUCCACGGGAGGAGGAGGAGGAGGAGGAGGAGGAGGAGGAGGAGGAGGGGAGGAAUCAACCACCAGCACUCACGUUAAUUCAAUGAGCGCAGCACCCCCCGCCUCUUCUUCCUCUGCAACCCCGUAUCUUCCUUCUUCACACGUAGAAUCCUCCGCAUCAGCUCGGUCUGGAGACCCUAGGAAACGGCGGCCCGUAGGGGUAGCGUCGGAGAAUGCCCGUGGGAUGGAGCAACGAGGAGCACAGGCGAGCACCAGCACCUCUUCACUACGAGGUCCGCCUUCUCCAAUUUCCACUCCAAGGACAAGCGCAAGUGCUGCUGCCGCCCUUCCUAUCGGGCAUUCUCCCCAAUCACAGCCACGCUCCAUCCUCAAAGGCUCUGCAGCCCCUCUUGCACCUCCCCCAUCAGCAGCAGCAACAGCAGCCUCAGCCUCGACCUCAACUUCAAGCCCGCCCUCGGAAGACCUCUCCCACCUCUCCUCAACAUCUCCGCAGACCCUUCCACACCUAAAGCGUCUAGCCUCCUCGGCCCUAUUCCUACGCGCACUCAUGACGCUCAAGCGGGAGCAAGACGAGUUGGAGCGGGCGCUGCAGAGAGAGUGGGGGAGGUUGGAGGAGAGAUACAAGAUGGGUGCAGAUGGUGUGGGCGUGGGCGUGGGCGCGGGAGGCGGAGGCGGAGGCAAGGGAGCAGGAGCAGGAGCAGGAGCAGGAGCAGGAGGAACGGCGGCAUUAGAGAGGGAAAAGGAGAGGUGGAAAGAAAGGGCACUCCAGCGGUGGGAUUGCGUAGCCGAGAGGCAGCAGGUGCGAUUAAAGGAGCUCAAUACGCCCGGCUUUUACCCUACAAAGUCCCCAGCGGCGAGGGCUAAACAGCGCAAGAUCCUCGAUUUGAUCAGUGGGCUCAUCGAGAGCGGAUAG